UCUUUGUAUUAGAUGGCGUUAUUGCUUCUUCUGGCGAUGCUGACAGUAUGUGCUGCCAUUCCUCAAGAUCUGUCAGGUAAAAUGUUUACCUUCCCACAAGAAACCAACAGAGCUCAUGUGAAGCUGAUUACAACAAGACAGGAAUUUAGUGCCCUAACCGUCUGUCACAGGUCUAUCACUGACCUCAAAAGAACCCACGUCCUUUUCUCUAUGUCCACAUCCUCUUUUGCCAAUGGUGUCCUGAUUUACUGGAAUGAAGCAAAUAAACAGUUUUCGCCCUAUAUCAGGGAUAUAAGUAUUGGAUUUCAAAGGCAGGACUAUGAGUCGGACAUGUGGCACUCUAUUUGUACCACAUGGGACUCUGGAUCUGGACUUAUGCAGCUGUGGAUUGAUGGAAAACCUUCUAUAAGGAAGUUUGUGACUUCUGGUUCAAGUAUCAAAGGGUCCCCAAUAAUUACGAUAGGGCAGGAACAGGAUAAUCAUGGUGGGGGUUUUGACGCUAAGCAGUCUUUCGUUGGCAUGAUGUCUGAUGUCCACAUGUGGGACCACAUCCUUACACCCUGUGAGAUCCAGGACUACAUGGCUGAAAUGUACUUCACGCCAGGAAAUGUGCUCAACUGGAGUGCACUUGAGUUCCAGAUUGUAGACAGAGUACUGAUAGAAGAUAAACAAAUGACCUGUCACUAAAUCUUAAACAACAGCAACAACAACAAAGGAUUGGGUUUGAACAAGUUUCUUUUGUAAACAAGCUAAAGCUUACCAAUCCCAUCAGGG